AUGGAGCAGCGCACCGUAACCGCCGUAACGGCUAAAAUGACGACAGCCCAAUCGAGAAUCCGCAGCGAACUUGGCAAUUUUCCAUCGGGCCCCACAAAAUUCACCGUCAUCCACAGACGGCCCGUUUUUUUCGCCCCUCCCUUGCAGCCGCAAACACCGCCCAUCUCCGCUAAUGGCAAGCAUGUGCUGGCUAACGCAAUGUGUCGCUUCGCGCAUCAUCCGGCCGCAGUGACUGCUCAAAAGUCGUCCGCAUCCGAAUCUAGCCGGAGUUCAUCAGCCAUCACGACGACUACAAGCUCCUCUUCGGGUCCGGCCCUAGUCAGCAGCCACCAGCAAACCAAUGGCAAUAAGAGAACGGACGUCAAGACGACAGCCCGUCAGUCAAACGCAGUCAAGUUGGCCAGCGUCAAGCCCAUCCUGAAGCGAUCACUAUCAGCCGACCAUCUGGACAUUUUCCAACCAGUGCCUGCCAAGCGGCCGUUCCCUGUACAGAUUUGGUUCAACAACCAACCUCGCGGUCCUCGUCCGCUGGUGGCGACAGCUUUUUGGCUCGACAGUCCCUUGCACGACAGCCAAGCGUUCGUGUACACGAAAUUGUUGGAAGCGUCACAAGCGCGGCGUUAUCUGCAAUUGCAGAGCAAACCACGCAAGUACCUUCACAUGGCCAGCGGAUGGAUCGUAGCCAUCAACAGUCCAGCACCAACCUCUCGUUCAAAGUCGGAAUUGAUGUUGCCACCCAUGACGGUGAAGCUUUUGCCACAAGUCAAACCGGUUCCGACGGUGUCGCAACAAAGGCCAUUACCGCAACAAACAGCAGCAAAAACAACAGCGCAAUCGGCGGGGAAAUCAGCCCAACCUGUCACAACGUCAAAAACGCCACCACAAUUUAAAAAAUCACCAUCAAGUCAAUUACCUCCACCUCCGCCGCUUAUAAGCCUACGGCCAGCCGGAACAAUCACCAAAAGGGAAACGGAAUCGCCACCUGCCUUUCAGGAUUACCCGCUGGAAUUGUGCAAACGAAGAAAGCAAUCGGAUGAUUCAAUGUCACCACCAGAUAGUCCCCGACUCGUGAUCAAUCAUUCAGCUCCUUCGUCUCCGCUCAAUCUAGCUGUCAAUGCAUUGGCCACUCCUGCUAACACGAAUAACGGGUCGUCAACGUCAAUCAAACGAAAGAUCUCUCUUCCAGCACCUUUCACUCUGACGGAGAACAAGAGUCAAAACGAGCCAUUGGAUUUAGCUUCGCCAAGUCCGACGACCGUUUUCAAUCGAAUGUCUCUGACCGAGAUCCUAUCACCGGCCUCCCCAGCCACGGAAAACUUCCGUCGUCGAUUAAUCCUCGUCUUGCAAGUUCUUCUAGGCAAGAGAAGAUUGUUGAAUUUGGGUCAUCCGGAAGCUUCGGUCGAAGAAAUUCUAGCCAGAAUAUUGAAGAAGGCCGACAUUGUUCCAGCCAAGAGCUCCGACGUUCGCCUCAAUUGGCUCAAAUUCCUCCGGCUCUGCGUCAAGAAUGAUGACGCCUGGAAACGUGAAGGUUGGGACAGAAAAUCGCCAGACGCCAUCCUCGACGAAAUUUAUCUUCAAGAUGUUAUCCCCAUACUUCGAAAGUCGGAGCCUUCCAGGCGAAUAAACGAAUAUUUGCAAGAAGUCGACAUGGAAAACAAUGUUACCUGACGGUCACGUCUCCUUAAUCAAGAUGGACAGAAAUUGACGUCUCUUGCAUGGCGUUGUGUUUCUUCUAUUUCGGCUUCUUCUUGUUCAGCUUACCACGUUUCGAAAGUUCAUUGUUAAUUAUUAUUAUUAAUUAAAGUUAUUUUGAAACAUAGAGCUAAAGAGUAAUUAUUACACCACCCCAGUCCUGAAUUCAGACAAAAGAUAUAAUAAGGCAGUCUGAUUCGAAUGCCAAAAUGAGCUCAAACCAAAGAUUUCUUCAUUUAACUAAAUACGUGUCGGACCCCCCUUUUUUCUUUUCCUUUUUUUGUGUGAAAAUGUUCCAUGAUAGAUUUGAAAGUUGCAUGCAGCAGCCCCCUUUUUUUUUAAUUUGGCAGUGGAUGUGUAAUUUUGCCUACGUGGAGGCAAUCGCCAACGGGUAAAGUCACCCGGAUUCAUCCCCGCACAAUCCAGUUCUUGUUUUUGAAGCGCGAUGGUUAUCCUUGAUCGCCAUUUGACGUUUUUGGCUCUCGUCGUGUUACAUGUACUAUCUUGUUUGUAAUGAAAUAAAAUUUAAAUUAGAAUGUAA